AUGUGUCACGAGGGUGGUUGCGGUGCCUGCAUUGUAUGUGUAAUAUUCAAGGACAAAACGAUAGCUGUGAAUUCAUGUCUUGUACCGGUACGGAUCUGCAAUGGAUGGAAUAUUUACACGAUUGAAGGUAUAGGUAACAAAAGAGAUGGUUAUCAUAAGAUUCAAGCUAUUCUUGCUUACAAAAAUGGCUCGCAAUGUGGAUAUUGCUCACCUGGCAUGGUAAUGAAUAUGUAUAGUUUGUUGUUUGUAAAUCAUAGUCUUGGGUUUGAGGAAAGUUUAUCUGCAGAGCAAAUCGAAAAUUCAUUUGGUGGCAACAUUUGUCGAUGCACCGGUUAUCGUGCAAUUAUUGAUGCAUUCAGGGUAUUUGUCACAGAUGCAUCUCCAUCAAUGAUGAAAGACAUUCAAGACAUUGAGGAACUAUACGAUAUUAAACCUUGCCCGAUAUCCGAAAUGCCAUAUGUACCUAUACUCUACGAUAAGCAACAUGUAAACACAAUGUUGAGAAUAAAGUUAGAGGAUGCAAUCUUCUACAAAGUUUAUACGAUUGAGGAUCUUUUUUCGAUAUUUACAAACAAUGCAAAUGCCACGUAUAUGUUAAAUGGAGGGAACACUGCUAAUGGUGUUUAUCGUUCAACCAAGAAAGAUAUAUACAUUGAUAUAAACAACAUUCCAAAAAUGAAUAACAUUACAAAAACUGAUUCGACUUUGGUACUAGGAGGAAAUGUAACUCUUACCACGGCACUACAGGCAUUCCAAAAAUAUUCAACAGAAACCGGAUUUAAAUAUCUGGAACAAUUGGCCGAGCAUAUGGAGAUGAUAGCAAAUGUUCCCGUACGAAAUAUUGGCACCAUAGCAGGGAAUAUAAUGUUAAAAUACGAGCACAGAGAGUUCCCAUCCGAUUUCUUUUUGAUAUUACAGACUGUCUGUACUGAAUUAUAUAUCAUGAAAAGUCCCUCUCAGAAGCUAAGAGUAUAUCUGCCUGAAUUUUUGAAUCUUGACAUGCACCAUAAAGUAAUUUACAGCGUUGUAUUACCACAGCUUACUGACCAGUAUAUAUACAGAUUUUAUAAAGUCAUGCCUAGAGCCCAAAAUGCUCGCACUCACGUCAACGCUGGCUUCCUGUUCAAACUCGAUGCCGACGACAAAGUGUUGGAGCAGCCUAACAUUAUUUUCGGUGGCAUCAAUAAAGAUUUUACGCACGCAAUUAACACAGAAAAAUUGUUGGUGGAUAAGAUUAUUUUUUCAUGUUCCCUGCUGAAGCAAGCCUUGGAUGUCUUGCAUGCCGAGCUGCAACCUGAUCAUGUUUUACCGGAUUACUCACCAAAAUUUCGCAAGACACUAGCCGAAGGAUUAUUUUAUAGGUGUAUAUUAAGCAUCAAACCAGAGAAAAUACCUCCUUUUUAUCUCAGUGGAGGCACCUUAUUAGAACGUGAUCUAUCUACAGGUCAAAAAUUCUACGAAACGAAUGUAGACAUAUGGCCAGUGACUAAACCUAUGCCAAAAUUAGAAUCUAUUGCACUGACAUCAGGCGAAGCCCAAUAUUGUGAUGAUCUGCCAACAUUUCCUGGAGAAGUGUUUUGUGCUUUUGUCGUCACAAAUAUCGCUAAAGGUUACAUCAGUGGGAUAGAUGCUAAACAGGCUCUUCACAUGAAGGGUGUAGUGGAUUUUUUCAAAGUCGAUGACAUACCAGGAGAAAAUCUGUGUAUUUCGGCUGUUAACGGGAUGAUGUCAUUGCCAGAGGACGAGUUACUGUUCGCUGACAAGGAUGUUUCGUAUGCCGGCCAACCUGUCGGUGUAAUUGUCGCGGAGACGCAUAAUUUAGCGAUUGAAGCUGCAAAAUUGGUUCAAAUUAAAUAUAAAGAAUCUUCGAAAACAAAGCCGGUAUUAAGUAUUGAGGAUGCUAUUAAUGCAAAUGAUAAAACUAGAAUCAGGCAAUGUGUCAACAUUCCAGCAAAGAGGAAAGGUAAAAACUGUGUUCAUGAAAUAAAGGGAGCCUUUCGAUCUGGUGGUCAAUAUCACUACUCCAUGGAGACUCAAUCCUGCGUAUGCGUUCCUACGGAAGACGGUAUUGACGUGUAUCCAUCGUCACAAUGGAUGGAUCUUAUUCAAGUAUCGAUCGCGACUUGCCUUAAUGUUAAACAUAACAGAAUCAAUGUGUAUGUAAGACGACUUGGUGGUUCUUACGGAUCGAAAAUCUCACGCAACGCGCAAAUUUCAUGCGCUUGCGCAUUGGCAUGUUAUCUACUGGAUCGUCCAGCACGAUUCAUUAUGACGAUGGAGAGCAAUAUGCUAUCGAUUGGCAAGAGAUGUCCUAUGCGUCAAGAAUAUGAGAUUAAAGUAAACGAUGACGGAGUUAUACAGUCUCUCGACUCGCAACACUGGAGCGAGUGUGGUUCUAGUCCUAACGAACCACAUUCUGGCAUAAUAGCUCACUACUUACAAAAUAGCUGCUACUUAAUUGAUAAUUGGAAUAUUAGAGGAUAUGAAGUCAUAACCGGUACACCAUCAAACACGUUUUGUCGAGCAUCAGGAUUUACGGAAGGAUUAGCCAUGAUUGAGAAUAUGAUGGAGCACAUUGCGAUAGUGGCGAAUAAGGAUCCGAUUGCAGUCAGAUUAGCGAAUAUGAAUGAUAAUGAUAAAUCCGUAUUAGAUAAUAUAAUACAAAAGAUGUUGAAUAUGACCUACUACAUAAAGAGACAGAUCUCUAUUUGGGAGUACAACAGAGACAAUCGCUGGAAAAAAAAGGGAAUUGCAAUGGUACCGAUGAAGUAUUGGACAACAUAUGUAGGACAAUUCAAUACAAUAUUAUCGGUCUGCGCUCGCGACGGUUCGGUAUGCGUGACACUUAGCGGAAUUGAAAUUAAUCAAGGCAUAAAUACGAAGAUCGCACAAAUAGCAGCUCAUACACUAGGAAUUGAUAUCGAAUUAAUUUCCGUUAAACAAAGCAACAAUUCAGCGGCACCAAACAUGUCAGAAACAGGACACAACGUUACUAUAGAUACCUGUGGAUACGCAACGAUUCAAGUUUGCACACAAAUUUUAAAGAGACUCGAGCCAAUUAAAAAAAAAAUGGAAAAUCCGAAGUGGCAGGAUGUCAUCUUUAAAGCGUUUCAAGAAGGCAUUGAUUUAUACACACGUUAUAGCUUGACCCUCAGCGGGUCAAUGGAAGAUACGUUGAAGCCUUACCCUGUUUACGGUGUUACCAUUGCCGAAAUAGAAAUCGAUGUGCUGACCGGUCAGCAUAUUAUUAGGAGAGUUGAUUUGAUGGUCGAUGCUGGUCAAAGCUUGAAUCCAGAAAUCGAUGUCGGUCAGGUGCAAGGGGCUUUCGUGAUGGGAAUGGGAUACUGGACUUCGGAGAAUCUGGUGUAUGAUACUGAAACAGGAUUAUUAAUAAAUAACAGAUCAUGGAAUUAUAUGCCACCAGGAGCAAAAGAUAUUCCUGAAGAUUUCCGCGUAUACUUACGUCAAAAAACUAUCAAUAAAGAUGGUGUCUACGGUUCACAAACAAUCAAUGAACCACCGCUUUGUAUGAGUUUUGUAAUUCCGAUAGCGAUCCGCUCAGCAUUGGAUUCUGCUAGAAGAGAUUCAGAAAAUGUGGAUCUAUGGUUUCAACUGGAUGGACCGUGUACAACCGAAAAUAUACUUCUAACUAGUUUGACUAGCAGAGACCAAAUGUUGAUAGAAAAAAAAUAG